AAGCAAUUGACAGUCCAGUAGAGCGUGUUGUGUUAGACUCAGCCGUCUGGACCUCCCGCCUUAACUGGCGCAACUGCAUGUUCCAUGCCACGUCGGAAUUCUUGCUCAACGGAUUGUUGCUACCUUUCGGGUCAAUGGCGUAUGCGGUCACAGUUCUGUUGCUCAACUUCUUAAUGGAGAAAAGGCCGGUCUGGGAAAUACACUUCCAAUUAAUCGAUGCAUAUACGAGGACCUCGGUGCCAAUCAGCUCAAAUUCAAGGGGCCUCGGGGCCGUACAGACCAGCGCUGUCGGCCAUCUAGAAGACAACCUGGCUGUCACGAGGUGGAGCUAAAUAGUAG